AUGUGGUGCAGAAGCCGGGCAUGCGCCCUUCACGCGCAGCAACCCGCUGGUGUGAGGCGCACACUGCGGAUCCGAAGCCUCGAAGCCUCGGUGUCACCACCACCGGGGCCUCAUUACCGAGGGCGGGGAUUAGUGUCAGGCCGGGAGCUGUGCCCUGAUUGCAGAGGAGGAUGGAGGUCGAGCCCCUGCUCGCCCGUGAGGUCAGAAAUUACCAGAUGUCGUGGGAAAAUCAAGAAAGCGACUGAGGAUCUGAAGGAAGAGAAACUGAAGUUGGAAUCCAAGGUUCAGCAGUUUUCUGAAAAAUCAUUCCUUUUAAAGAUUUUGAAAACCCAUGAAAAUGCACUAGAGAGACAAUGCAGUGAAAUUACGAACCAAAGGGACACACUGCUCCAAGCCUUCGAGGACACAAAGAAAAAAGUGACAGAGGAAGAGGAGAAAUUUAUUAAGGAGAUUACAGACUUCAAUGAUGAGUAUGAAAUAACUAAGAAAAGAGAUAUUGUGAGGCAAGAAAACAUCAAGAAGGAAAUUUCUGACUUGGAAAAGCAGGCAAAUGUUUUGAGAGGAGAAAUGAAGUCAAUGGAAUGUAGCAGUGGCCACUUGCAGGAACUUCAAAAACAAAAAAGUCAACUGUUACAAGAAUUAUUUACUCUCCAGGAAAAGCUUAAAGUUCUUAAAGAUGAAGAGAUUGAAGCCAUUUAUACCACCAAAUAUUUGGAGGCAGAAAAAACAAAAGUCAAGGAGAAGCCUCAACAUGAUGCUGAGUGCUUGAGACUUAAACAGGAAUUAGAUCUUUAUAACGAAGAUGAAAUGGAAAGUGCCUGGAAAGAGCUCCAAGCGGAAACAGAAUUUCUGGAGUUGACACUGGCACAGAAGGGUCUUCAGGACAAGCAACCUCUGGAAGCUGAUGAGCUGCCCCACGCUUGA